GUACUUUGAUCAAUGUCAUGUUUAAUUUAUUUACCAUUCAUAUCUCGGUGCAGUAAAUGCCAUGCUAACUAUGUACUCAUCAUGCAGAUAAUUUUCAGAGAUUUCAAAUCUUCAAAUAUCCUUUUGGAUGAACAAUGGAAUGCAAAGCUCUCAGACUUUGGGUUGGCAAGGUUGGGACCAUCGGAUGGACUGACUCAUGUCUCAACAGCGGUUGUAGGAACAAUGGGAUAUGCAUCUCCAGAAUAUGUUCAAACUGGACGUCUAACAUCAAAGAAUGACGUGUGGAGCUACGGUGUCUUCCUUUAUGAACUCAUCACCGGUAGGCGCCCUAUAGAUCGAAAUCGCCCCAGGGGUGAGCAGAAGCUCUUGGAAUGGAUAAGGCCAUACCUAUCAGAUGGGAGAAAAUUUCAACUAAUAUUAGACCCAAGACUAGAUAAGAAACAAAUCUUCAAAUCAGCCCAUAGACUUUCUAUGAUAGCAAACCGAUGCUUGGUAAAAAAUCCAAAGAAUCGCCCAAAGAUGAGUGAGGUAUUGGAAAUGGUGAAUGGGAUGUUAGAAUCUUCCUCACCCCGUUCCAGUCCACCAUUGCCCUUGAGGAGUGUGGCAAGAGUGGAAACUUCCCAGGAUACUGAAACAAAUAACAAGAAACGGACC